UACUGAGGUAUGUCGUUCUGAGAUACACUUGCUUCAGUCUGCUUGAAAGUUUACUACUGGAAACGUGCUUUUAGGUUUUUAAUUUGUAAUCAAGCAAGUGGCCAUGGAUAAGACAUCAUGUUCAUCACAAUCCCUGUGUUAAGUCGUCAGUGUCACUGGAUGCUGCUUGCGCACGGGAUCUGUACUUACGCUUCGUUAGAAUAAAUAAUGGUACUGAGAAGGCCAAUAAACAUGAGUUUAGUGGACAUCUCCAAGAUCUUUUCAAUGCUCCAGCCCAAGGACGAGGAGGAGGACAAUGGUGAAAGACAUGAACUCAGCCAGGCAGUGUCUAACGAUGACGACAAGCUUCUCGCUGAGCUCCUGUCCCAGGAGAGGUAUAGAAGGUUCAUCAACAGCAGGAGCGGCUGGGGUAUCCCGGGCACCCCUCUCCGCCUGGCCGCUUCUCGAGGUCAUCUGAGAUGCCUGGAGGUUCUUCUGGCCCAUGACGCUGAGGUAGACAGUUUGGAUGUGAAGGCCCAGACUCCCUUGUUCACUGCUGUGAGUGGGAAGCAUCUAGACUGUGUUCAUGCUCUCUUAAAGGCAGGAGCUAACCCUAACGGCAGCAUUUACAACAAUUGCUCCCCAGUGUUAACCGCUGCAAGAGAAGGGGAUGUGGACAUCUUGAGAGAACUGCUCCAGUUUGGUGCAGAGGUUAACGUAAGGUCUAAGGUUCCUCACUGGGCUUCGAAUGCUAGUGCUUGUAGUGGACCUCUCUAUCUUUCUUCAGUUUAUGGACACCUUGAUUGCUUUAAGAUCCUUCUUCUCUAUGGGGCGGAUCCGAAUUAUAACUGCACCGAUGAGAAGCUCCUUGCCAGGAUUAAACAGCCGAAGACAGUGUUGGAGAUGUGCCUGAGACACGGCUGUGGGGUGGAAUACGUCCAGCUCCUUAUUGAUGUUGGAGCAAACGUCUACCUUCCCACACUCAUCAUAGAAAAAACCACAAAGCAAAAUGAAGCAGUGGAACUCCUGCUAAAAGAAAGAGCUUGUCCAAAAACCCUGAUGUCUCAGUGCAGGCUAGCAAUCCGAAGCUACUUGAGAAUGGCCAACAAAAUGCAUUCCAUUGACCAAGUGGCCAUCCCACCAAUACUGAGGAACUACUUAAACCACAUGACCUGAGUGGCGUGGAACUCACAGUGAUGUCCCUACUGUGGAGCUGCGCCAUGGAAACCUCAACAACAGAAUGUUGCAGAAUCUGCACAUGCAUUCCCUCUGGACCCUGAUUAACUGCUGUUUUAAUUACACUCUGCAAGCAAGGCAAGCUGUUUUAAAAUGGACUGAUUUGUAAUUCUACAGUCAGCAUGAUUUUAAAUACCACUGUGUUUGCUACAUAUUGUCUGAGGAACCAUCCAAAUUACCACAAGGGUCUCUAGACCUGCUUAAAUAAACUGAUAUAUAGUGUGCUGGGGUUUCAGAGGCGUUGAGAGGUAUAACACUGCCCCCUGAGGGGUAAAGGGGGUAAUGCAUUUUAAACAAAUAUUUAACCUCUAAGUGCCUGCACAAGCAGGUUCUUUUAGUUGCUGUGUUUGAGGUGCUGGGUUUGCAAGCACUAGGUAAUGAGUCCAGAUCCUGUGAAUCUGGUUGUCCUCUUGAACCAUAAGAUCUUCACAGUUCAAAAUAAAACAUAAAAUCAUCUACAUUAAACGCAACUGGUCUUGCUCGAUUCAUGGCUGGGUUUAUUCUCUGUGCACCCACUGCAGCGUCAGGGGAAUGCAAGCAAAAGUCAAUUGUGAGUUAUGCAGCCUUAGCUAUUAAUUAACACCUUUUGAUAUUUAACCAACUUCAGCAAGUCCUGUCUGUCCUCAAUGCACAAUGCCAAGGCAGGAGGGUUGCCUUUCAUAUACAUCAGCCUGAUGCUCUUUAUAAACCUCUAAGAGACUGAAUAUCUUAAAGGCCAAUGGCUUCAUUUUACAUUGUGAUGUCUCAGCAUGUGUGUAUAUGUAUGUAAGUAUUUCAUGUAAACAUAAUAGUCAAAGAGGAUGUAUCACUAUAGUAUGCUUUACCAUGCUGAGCCAAUCUAAUACUGCUUGAUGAUUUAUCUAUUUAUUCUCUGAACUUUAUUAACGCAUAAUAUUUUAAACUCUUCUCAUCCACUGUCACCCGCCAAAAGGACCUUUGCGGUCUUGAAAGCUUUUAUUUUCUUGGAAAUUAGUCACCUUUUUACACAACUUGACAAGAUAAAAUGGCCAGUCUCUUUAUU